AUGAUAUUAGCAAAAAAAAAAAAUCUGGAUUUCUUUAGAUCCAUAGUGAAACCAACGCCGCAGCCAUCCCGACUGACACGCCGGAAACCACCGCUCUCCCAGCAGCAUUCUCCGACGGCGCCGGCUGAGCAUCGUCAACGUCUGCUGGUGCGGCAUCAGGCCCCGGUGCAGCAGCAGCAGGGGCGUCAGAUGGAGCGGGUGCCUCGGCAUCUGCGGAGGGCUCUUCCGCCGGCAAAUCGUCCUCGGGGCUUUCGGCCGAUAUCGCCGUGGCACUCUCCGGUGCCGUACCUCUUCGGUGGCCUGGCAGCGAUGCUGGGGCUCAUAGCCUUUGCCCUCCUCAUACUAGCCUGCUCCUACUUGAAGCUCUCCGGCGACGGCGACGAGAGAGACGUCGAGCGCGGCGGAGCGAAAGGAGACGGCGGAUCCGACGACAACGCGCCGCCGGUCUUCGAGGAGAAGUUUCUGGUCAUCAUGGCCGGAGACCAGAAACCCACUUUCCUGGCAACCCCUGUUUCUAAUAGUAUCACUAAUUCUUGUCUGAAUGACGACAGCAAAGGAAUGGAAAAGGACAAAUUAGGCAUUAUGGGAAAAGGCGAAGCGGUUCAGGAAAAUGGGGAUGGAGCCAAUGAGUCAUCACAAGCAUGCCAAGAACAGAGCCACUGA